AUAAAAACAUUGACCAGUUUUAUUUUGUUAAUUAUUUACUUUAUUACAACACUCUCAUUUUAAAUAAAUACUGUUUUUAAACUACUAGAUCUUUUUUCAUUAUGUGUUGUUGACGAAUUGAGCAUUUGAUUAGCAUAUUUACAAACUUCGAUAAGUAUUUUUGAUCGAAUUAAAAUGUUUAACCCUGAUAUCAAUGACUAUCAACUUACUUCGAUAAUAACAGAGUGCUGUGGAGGCGUAGCCGUUGUUUAUUCAGCGCUUUAUAAACCUAAUAAUCAAAAUGUCGCCAUCAAGAGGUAUUUUGUUGACAAAACGAAGGAAAACGCCAACUUGAUACAGCAAGACAUCCUCACAAGGAAGGAACUACAACAUGCAAACAUAUUACCGUACCUAACAUCUUUCGUACAUGGCAAGGAGUUGUACGUAGUGUCUCCGCUCAUGAUAUUUGGCUCCUGUCGUGAUAUCUUGGACCACUACUUCCAAGAAGGUCUACCAGAGCUGGCCUGCGCUCUUGUGCUGAGAGAUGUACUCCAAGCUUUACAGUAUUUGCACAAACAAUUAUAUAUUCAUAGGAGCGUUCGUGCCAGUCACGUAUUAGUAGGUGCAAACGGGGGUGUCCGUCUAUCAGGUCUCCGAAGUGCGGCUUCCUUGAUGGUUCGGGGCCGAAGACAGAGACACCUGCACCAACUGCCACCGCCUGAUGCGGACAACACCAACCUCAUGUGGCUUAGCCCUGAACUGCUGGAACAGAAUCUAAAAGGCUACGAUGAGAAAUCAGACAUAUAUUCUCUGGGCGUGCUAUGUUGCGAGCUAGCGAACGGAGCGGUGCCGUUCGCUGAGGUUCCUACAACUCUGAUGUUCACGGAGAAGGUGCGCGGGAGUCGGCCGCAACUAUUGGACUGCUCUACCUUCCCGGAGCCCUGUCUAGAUGAUUCGGAAAUGAAGAGUAUGUACAACACAGACAGUGGAGUGGGCGACAGUGCGGACGGAGUGAUGCGUCUGCGUCAGCUGUACGCGGCCAGGAAACUAUCUGACACCUUCCAUCAUCUCAGCGAGAUGGCGCUGCAGAGGGAACCAGACAAGCGACCCUCAGCGACUCAGCUCCUGAACCACCCAUUCUUCAAGCAGAUCAGGAAGACAGACUACCUGCCCGGACUCAUCGGGCGAGUCAAACCUAUUAAACCUGAUCUCAGUGAUAUGUCAGCUCUCCUACUCCAAGAGAAGUUAUCAGAGAUGGAGAUAGAGAAGACAACGGAGUGGGACUUCUAGCGUCCCCACACUCCUACUCUGAUAUUACGCCUUCUGCGCACACGCAGGUGACAUAAACACAUACACCGUAGCAACAUUGUCAAUGUCAACCUUGUUGCUUAUUAGGUAAGGAUCUUUUUACAAUAAUGAAAUAAUGAAAUGAAACACUAAUUAAGUGUUUGGAAAAAUUACGUGUAUUCAAAAAAAUUAAACUCACGUAUAAUAUUUGUAAAAGCUUUUUGUCUCUCUCUUGAAUAAUAUCACGUGAACGAUAUAGUGAUAUUUAACUGAAAAUAACGAUUUAAUCAUGAAAUAACCGAGAUAGUUAUUUCUGUGCAGAUUUGUCAAUACAUUUUUAACUUUGUAUGUUUGUAAUAAAGUUGACAAUUUCCAUAAAGACGACGUAUGUGUUAUGCGUCCUUUUGACGUAAGCAAUAAGGUUGAUAUUAUCAAUAUAACUACCGAAUGCAGGUUGUACUAGCGUAUAUGAGACGUCUUCCCGAAUACUAAAGAAAUUCUAACAUAGUUUUAAUAUAAAAAUAUAAAUAUAUACAGAUACUUUAUAAUACAUACUGCCAUCGCAAGACGCAAUAAUUGUUGUAUGUAAAAGUAAUUAAUAAUUAUAUAUGUAUUUUGAAAUAUUGUAGGUAUAGUAAACUAUAUAAUAAUAUAAAUAGACGUACAAAUUAUAUUAUAUUGUUAUUAUAUGUAGUAGAAUUGUCGCUAGGAUUAUUGUUUAUAACUUAUAUAUGUUUACAUUUUAAUAUACAUAUAGAUCUGAGUAGACUAUGUGGUAGCAUUUACAUAUACUCAUGCCUUUGUCCCAUGAGGGUAAGCAGAAACUAUAGAAAGCCUUAUACAAAACUUACAUACUUCUUUGGCUUGAUUUGUAAUAUAUUUUUAAAGUGAUGGCUAAUGAAUAAUCACUUCCAUAACGUUUAAAAUUGCAGAAUACUUUCGACUUAGCUAUCGUUUUGUAUUUCUCUUCCAACACUAAGUAUACGAACAUAUUGUCGUCGGCGGUAUUUCCGAUCCGAUACAACCUUCAAACCUUCAAGAAAGGAGCGUAUUCCUUUUUAAAAG